AUGAAAUCUGCCGGCAAACUCUUUUUCCUCUCCGUCUUUGCCCUCUGGGCGACGCCGGGGACCUGCGCUGGCGCUUCCAAGGACGCUUGCCCGAUCUCUCCCAAGGCCAUCGUCGACGAUGCCUGCGUCUCCUACGCUACCCUCGACAAGCUCAACGCCCGCGUCAAGCCCGCCGUCGACGACCUCACCCAAACUACCGACUUCUUCUCCCACUACCGUCUCAACCUCUUCCACAAGUCCUGCCCAUUUUGGGACGACCAAAACGGCCUUUGUGGCAACAUAGGAUGUGCCGUCGAGACACUCGACAACGAAGAUGACAUACCCGACGUCUGGAAGGUCAAGGAGCUGAGCAAGCUCGAGGGGCCCCUGGCCAAGCACCCCGGCCGCGCCGCCAAGGAGGAGCACCGCCCGCUUCACGGCGAGCUCGGCGAGAGCGUCGGCGAGAGCUGCGUCUACGACAACGAUGACGAGUGCGAUGAGCGUGACUACUGCGUCCCCGAAGACGAGAGCGCCUUCUCCAAGGGCGACUACGUCAGCCUCACCAAGAACCCGGAGCGCUUCACGGGCUACUCGGGCUUCGGCGCUCAGAUGGUCUGGAACGCCAUUUACAGCGAGAACUGCUUCCAGCGCAGCUCCUUCCCGCACUCGGCCGAUGUUGGCAUCUCGCAGUGGCCCCAGGGCCCCGCGGCCAUGGACUUCAAGCAUGUCAUGGAGGCCGCCGGCCGCCAGGCUCAGCUGGACCGGGAACGUCUCCAGAAGCCCCAGGCUCCCUUUGUCGCUAGCACCGGCCUCGAGCCCGACGAUGAGUGUCUUGAGAAGCGCGUCUUUUACCGUGUCGUGUCGGGAAUGCAUGCCAGCAUCAGCACCCAUCUCUGCUGGGACUAUCUUAACAAGACGACUGGUCUAUGGGGUCCCAACCUAGACUGCUACAUGGAGCGUCUUCACGGUCACGCCGACCGAAUCAGUAACCUCUACUUCAACUACGCUCUGGUGACCCGUGCUGUCGCCAAGCUGGGUCCGUACCUGCAAAAGCCACAGUACACGUUCUGCACCGAUGACCCGCGCGAGGACGCCACUACGCGCAGCAAGGUCCUCAAGGUGACGCAGCGCGCCGCCAUGGUGCCCGAAAUUUUCGAUGAGAGCAUCAUGUUUGUCAAUGGCGAGGGCCCGUCGCUCAAGGAGGACUUCCGCAACCGCUUCCGCAACAUCAGCCGACUCAUGGACUGCGUCGGCUGCGACAAAUGCCGCCUCUGGGGCAAGGUCCAGACCAACGGCUACGGCACCGCGCUCAAGGUGCUCUUUGAGUUUGACAAGGACAGCAAGGACGUGCCCGUGCUGAAGCGCACCGAGCUCGUCGCCCUCUUCAACACUUACGGCCGCCUCACCAACUCCCUCAUGGCCGUGGGACGGUUCCAAAAGAUGGCCGCCGAGGCCGAGGACAAGCGCAAGGCGGCAGAGCUGCUUGCCGAGACGGCCAAGGACAUUCCCGAGCCGCUGGAUCAUCCGCUCACGUCCAACGAGGACGAAGAGCUCUCGGAGGAGAUGGUGGAACUCAUCCGCAAGAGGAAUCGCGGGUCUGCGAGCGAUGAUUGGAAGUCACAGGUUGACCAUGAGUUUGCGCUAUUCAAGCUGGCUGUCCGUGUCGUGUUUACGGGCUGGAUCCGUGCCCCUGUUUACUUUUUCAAAGUUGGCUGCGCCGAGAUUAUCAGAUUUCUGCGAUCGUGGAUGGGUCUUUAUAACGGAGAGCGACCCUACAGCCUGCGUAUACCAAACAUUGAUCGCCCCGAUCUGUAG